AUGGAGUUGUCUAAAACGGGUUCUAAGAAAAUAGGACAAACUACGCGUCGUGCUAUCCAUUCAUGCUUGGCAUGUAGAAAAAAGAAAUUGAAGUGUGAUCAUGGAAGACCUUGUUCAAACUGUAAAAAGAGAGGGACGACCUUUUCGUGUAUAUACUUGCAACAAGGACGAUCAUCAUCUAAUGGAUUUGAGGGAGGAAGCGAAACAGAUUCUGUUAUAAGUGAGCUCUUGAGUAGGAUUUCUCAUCUUGAGCAUAUGCUCGGAGAAUCAAACACACAUGACCCUCCCGAAGAUACAUCAUCAGCAGCACCACUCCCCGAAGUAAAAGAAGACUCUUCUGGUUUUGAUGAGGCUGAACGGAAUAUAGGUACUCUAUCAUUGCGGGAUUUAACAAAAACUACGUAUGUUAAUUAUCCUUCAUCUUCUCAUGUGGCCUGGCAUUUACGAAAAACAAAUUCUCUAAAUGUAGAUCAGGAAUUAACUGAAGAGGGAAGGGAAGUUGCACAAGAAUCCUUUCUAUUUCGCCUCCCUGUUCGUGAAAACGCUCUGAACUAUCUUCCGCCAAAAUACAUCUCUGACAUUUUUGUCAGGGAAUACUUUAUUCGGUGUCAUUUAUUUAUGCCAGUCUUACAUAAGCCUGUGUUUAUGGAGAGAUAUAAAGUUUAUUGGGAAGAUCCAGCUGAAAGAAAGCCAUCAAUGACUUCUCUUCUUUUCGCUAUGUUUGCCAGCGCCCUACUUGCUACGCCUGUUGAAACUCGACGUAGCUGGAAUCUGGAAAAAGAUGAAAAGUAUCUAUCCGUUGAGUAUCAUUUGGCCUUUCGUUACGCGUUGGCAUCAUCCAAUUUUUUAAUUGAUCCUGAUUUAAAUACUUUAAGAGCUUUAAUUAUCUGUCAGAUUACUUUUGACUCUGAUAGUUUGUUAGCUCCCCCAUCUCUUGUGGGGUUGAUUACACAAAGCGCUUAUUUUAUGGGACUACACCGAGAUGGAUCUUUGUACGGUUUAAAUAGUACCUUUACCGAAAUUAGACGAAGAGUUUGGUCGUCUAUCCUGGUCUUGGAUAUAAGAGUGUCUGAAUUGACAGGUAUUCCUCCUCGAAUCCAAGAAGACAGUUAUGACACGAGCUUUCCUAGACUCUUACCAGAGGAAACCUUUCAAGAAGAUCCAUCAAUUUUUGCUGCAGGGAUCUUCACUUGUAUAACCGGUAAAGCAUCACGUAAAGUUUCCAAAUACACCCGGGUACUAUUAGGGUUGAAGUCUCCAAAUUACAGUACAAUUUUGGAAAUGGAUGAAAAACUAAGUAAUUAUUUAAAAGAGGUCAAGCAGGAGUUUCUUCCUAAUCCUACUAUGGUUCAUGAAAGAUUACUGCAACUUUUCACGACUUACAUUUUCCAACGAUUUCCAAUUUUGUCUCAUUUUCCUUUUCUUUUAAAGGAAGGUCCUUCAAUUUAUUCUUACAGCCGAGUCCGUGCUGUUGAAUGCGCUAUGGACGCUUUGUCAAGUUUAUACGAGCUUGGCACCACUCCUGAGUUUUCUAUGUAUUCAUGGUUUUUUUGGAGAUACCCCCCUUUUCAUCCGUGCAUCGUUCUUCUUUUAGAUAUAUUACAAUCUGAACAAAAUAUAUAUUUGGAUGACAAGAGAGUGGUUAUGAUUAACCAAAUAUUCUCCCUGUUUCCUAAAUUAACAGAUAUUCGACGUUUUUAUCAGGCAUGGGCAUUACUACAAACUUCACGGAACCAUGUCUGGGAAAAAUUGGGAUUAAAUACAUCAAAUAAUUUAGCAAUCUCAGAGGAAGACACACCCGAAAUGGGGUUUUUGGAUCCAACAAAUUUGGAUAUUAACUGGGAUGACUGGGAUGCAAUUUUCCAACAUUGUCCGUUCUAA